GUGCACUUUGGGGCUGGUGUGAACAAUGCACUGACGGCAAGGAUUCCCAAGAAAGCUUCUCUUGGCAGUCUCAGUCCUGGGCCUUCCAGCUCUUCAUGAAGCUCUGGGCGAUACUACUGUUGCUGGCUCCCAUUGGUGGACACUCUGAAACUAUACCCCAGCCUUUUAUUUCCCUCGAGCCUAAAUGGACCGUCAACUUUGAAGGAGAGUCCGUGACACUGACUUGCAAUGUAGUUCCUUUCUAUUCACCCUGGAAAACAACAUGGUAUCAUGAGCAAUUUUAUAAGACAGUAAAGAAGAUCCGUGGAAGAAUCCUACAGGUCAAAGAGUCUGGAGACUACAGGUGCCAAGUUACUGGCUCAGCUCUGAGUAGCUCUGUGCACUUGGACUUUUCUAAAGCUUCGCUGAUUCUGCAGGCUCCACCUGCUGUUUUUGAAGGGGACCUUGUGAUUCUGAGGUGCAAGUCAAGAGCAGAAGCAGCAGCGACUGCAAAGGCAAUUAACAAGAAUCGCAAACAUCUGGAAUUUCUUGGUGAAAGUUCUGAGUUCCGCAUUCGUAACGCAGGUCUGAAAGACAAUGGUGACUACCAUUGCACUGAACUUAGGAAAGAGUGUUGUAAUGCUUCCUCCAACACAGUCAAAAUCCAAGUCCAAGAGCUGUUUCCAAGACCUGUGCUGACAGCCAGUUCCAGGAGGCCUGUAGAAGGGAACCCAUUGACCCUGACCUGUGAGACCCAACUCCCUCCCCAGAAGUCAAGUGUUCAGCUCCAGUUCCGUUUCUUCAAAGAGAAACAGACCCUGGGAUCAGGCUGGCAGAGAUCCACAGAGCUCCAAAUACCUGCUGUGUGGGAAGAAGACUCAGGAAGCUACUCAUGUGAGGCAAUGGGUUCCUCCAUUGAGAAAAGCAGUCCUACAUUCUCAGUUCAAGUACAGAGAGCUGCUGUCAAAGUCCAAGUACACACUGUCCCAGCCUCAGAGUCAGUGUUGGAAGGGCAGGAGCUGGUGUUCAUCUGCUCAGUAGAGGGCAUCCGUGGGCCCAUCACAGUGUCCUGGUACAAAAUAUCAAACAGAAAAAAAACUAAAAUUCAGGCUUCACCAGCAGCAGAAUUCAAGAUCUUGGAGGUGAAAAGCAGCGAUGCCGGAAUGUAUACCUGUGAAGCCAACAAUAGUCAUUAUCACUAUGAAGCCAACAGGCCAGUGACCAUCACGGUAAAAGUGCCAGUGUCUCAGCCUGAGCUGACUCUCAGAACUCGAAGGGACUUGGUUGCUGAGGGAGACACAGUGACACUUUACUGCAAAGUUUGGAAAGGUUCUUUCCCGAUUGUGUACCAGUUUUAUCGGGAAGAUGUUUUUCUGAAGAAGAUAACCCUUUCAUGGAAAGUAAGUUUUGUCAGCAUCUCUUUGACUGCCGAGCAUUCUGGAAACUACUACUGCACAGCUGACAAUGGCCUGGGGCCCCAGAGGAGUGAGGCAGUGAGCCUCACUGUCACUGUGCCUAUCUCUCAGCCUGUCCUCACCAUCAGCACAGCCCGGGCCCAGAUAGUUGAGGGAGACUCUGUGACACUUCGCUGUGCAACCAGGAGAGGCUCUCCUCCUAUUCUGUACCGGUUUUAUCAUAAGGAUGUCCCCUUGAGGAUGAAAUCAAUCACCUCUGAAGGACUAGCAUCUUUCAACUUCUUUGCAACAGCAGAACAUUCUGGAAACUACCACUGCAGUGCUUCCAAUAGCCUUGGUACCCAGUACAGUGAACCAGUGAGUCUCUCCAUCACCGUUCCAGUGUCUCGCCCAGUCCUCACUCUCAGGGCUCCCAGAAUGCAGGCUGUAGUGGGGGACGUGCUGGAGCUGCACUGUGAUGCCUCCAGAGGGUCUCCCCCAAUCCUGUAUGAAUUUUAUCAUGAAGAUGUUUUACUGGGGAGCCACUCAGCCCCCACAGGAGGAGGAGCAUCCUUCAACCUCUCCCUGUCUGCAGAACAUUCUGGAAACUACUCCUGCAAGGCUAACAAUGAUGUAGCAACUGAGCACAGUGACACCAUGUCAUUCACUGUUACAGUUCCAGUGUCUCGCCCUGUCCUCAUCUUGAGAAUCCUUGGGGCCCAGGCUGUGGUGGGGGAUGUCAUGGAACUGCACUGUGAGACCCUCACAGGUUCACCUCCAAUCCUGUACCAAUUUUAUCAUGAGAAUGUCACCCUUGGGAGCAGUUCAACCCUCUAUGGAGGAGAAGCAUCACUAAACCUCUCCCUGACCUCAGAACAUUCUGGAAACUACUCCUGUGAGGCCAGAAAUAUGCUGGGAGCCCAGCACAGUAAUACAGUGACACUCAGCGUUACAGUUCCAGUGUCUCGCCCUGUCCUCACCUUGCGAGUCUUUGGGGCCCAGGCUGUGGUGGGGGACAUAGUGGAGCUACACUGUGAGGCUCUCAUAGGCUCACCCCCAAUCCUGUACCGAUUUUAUCAUGAGAAUGUCAUCCUGGGGAACCUCUCAGCACCCUCUGGAGGAAGAGGAGCAUCAUUCAACUUCUCCCUGACCUCAGAACAUUCUGGAAACUACUCCUGUGAGGCCGACAAUCAGGUGGAAACCAAAUGCAGUGAAGUGGUGACACUCUCCAUCUCAGGGCUGACUGAGAACAGAAGCAGUCCAGUUGCCACAGCAGUCACCGGGGCACUGUUCAUGGUGGGCCUUGCUGCAGGUGCACUGCUGCUCUACUGCUGGCUCUCGAAAAAAGCAGAGGGAGAGCCUUCCUCUAACUCCUCCAGGAGCCCGUCAGACUCAGAUCCCCAAGAGCCCACUUACCACAACGUACCAGCCUGGAUAGAGCUGCAACCAGUGUACAGCAAUGUCAAUCCUAGAGGAAGAGACGUGGUUUACUCAGAAGUAAAAAGAAUCCGAGGGGAAGCCAAGCUCACAGCACCCCCUGCACCCACACUGCUCAGGAACAAGGACUGUUCUGUCGUCUACUCCCAGGUAAAGGUGGCCUCCACUCCAGCCUCCAGGGCCCAGCUCCUGACCGCCUCAGCUCCUCACAGAUGAGUCCGAGCACCCCCCAAUUGCUG